AUGCCCACCAGUUCAGCGGCCGUGAGCCAAGUAGCGGAUAGCAAAUCGAAGAAGAACAGGAAGAAGAAAGGCGGGAAAGGAGGAGCGCAAACCGAGGAAGAUGGGAAUACCGUCUCGAGCGCCGCGAAUGCUGGGAAGGACAAGUUGCAGGACGAGGGACAAGUCGAGACGGUAUUGCAUGCGCACUCUGUUGUCAUAGAACUCGACCAUGCUGCGAUAAAUGGUUCCAAGGAGGCAGAGUCGGCAGAGCCAACAACCUCAAUCACGGAGAGCCUCCAGACACUCUCCACCGAAGAUCAAACAUCGUCCUCAAAUGAAAACCACCCCUCACCCCAAAACAGCCAUGCAAGUUCUACGAAAAAUGAAGCGGGCGACCCAGGCGCCGAUGACAGAUUUGAUGUUCUCGUGCGGGAUCGAGAUUCCCUCCGGGAAGAGGUGAUUGAAAUGCGACGCUCCCUGGAAGAAAUACAGAAUAAACAUGACGAGGAGAUGGAAACUAUCCAAGAGAAGCUCCGGGUUGCAGAAAGUCAGAAGGAACAGGCAGAAUCGCAAUUCCACAGUUUAUUGGGGAGGGUCAACACAAUUAAAUCCCAACUGGGAGAGAGGCUAAAGGCCGACGCCGAGGAGCUGGUUCAAAAGAAGGCACAGAUUGAAGAAUACGAGGGCGAAAAUGCUACCUUGAGAUCAGAACUGGACUCUAAAUCCGCGUAUAUAAGUUCUCUGGAAGGUGACCGUGACCAGCAGUCGAAAGAGCUCUCAAGCCUACGAAAUAGGAUAAACCUUACCCAGCAAAAUUGGGUUAAGGAAAAAGAGGAACUGCUGGGACAAGAAUCAGAGCUACGGACAGAGUUUGAGGAAGCAAAACAAGCAAUGCACAGCUGGGAAAUCAUCGCUAUGGAGGAACGAUCCAUUCGAGAAAGUCUAGGAGAAAAAGUUAUAGAUCUAGACGAACAGCUAUCGACGCUUAGAGCCGAUUACGAUAAGGUAACUUCUGAUUACAACUCUCAGGGGGUGGCCGUUGAAGGACUCCAGAAGGCAUUAAGAGAAAUCCAAAUUGCUCGAAAACAAGAACUGCGGGAAUUGGUGGAGAGCACCGAUGCCCAAGUAGAGGAGGUUCGAAAGAAAUUAGAAGAUGCCGAGAAGCGUGCUGCCGAUGCAAACGCUGCACUAGAGGAAACGCAAAAGAAUCUAGAGCGAGCGUUACCUUUUGAGAAAGAAGUCAAGGAGAAGAACCUGCUCAUAGGCAAGCUUCGUCAUGAAGCUGUCACCUUGAAUGAGCAUCUCACGAAAGCUCUACGGUUCUUGAAGAAAGGGAAACCCGAAGAUAAUGUGGAUAGGAACCUGGUUACGAACCACUUUCUGCACUUCCUCUCACUGGACCGCUCAGACCCGAAGAAGUUCCAGAUACUGCAGCUCAUUGCUGCUCUCUUAGGAUGGACUGAUGAACAACGAGAGCAAGCAGGCCUUGCUCGCCCUGGAACCUCAGGGACAUUUAACAACCUCAGGGCUCCAAGAUCCUCAUCCGUAUUCAAGACACCAAGCUCACCUUCUCUUGCCACUGGCUAUUUUGGCGGCAACCCAGACACCCGCAAAGAAUCUCUUGCGGAGCUAUGGUCAAAUUUCCUAGAGCAAGAGGCCCAGACGGAGGGAAAGCUACGAGAGUCUGAAAAUGAGAACCCCUUAGACAAGCCGGCCUCAUGA